CAGAUGAACAUAUUUGGGAAAAGUAAGGAAUGUAAAAGGAGCAAAACAGUUGUGAAAAAACACAAACGGUAAAAGUCAAGAUAUUAUAGUCCUAUUCCUUAUGUGGGAGAAGAAAGAAAAAUGAAACUAAUAGAAAACUCCAUCCCAGAAAUACCUGAGAGGAGGAAGGAGGCUGACGUGCAAAGAAAAGGAGGGAAACAUAAGAGAAGGUUUUAACACAAGUAACAGCGCUACUUCUGACGCAUUUGAGUCCUCUGCUCCUUCAGAAGAAAGGCGGCCCUUCCCUUAACCAAUCAGACGAGUCCUUGCGGUCACCUGACAGCGGACACGCGUUCUCAUGGGGGGGGGGGCUCUGCCGCCUUCUGGCCUCCGGCGCGGUGCUCGCCUCAGAUGUGGAAAGACCGAGAAGGCGCGUCCCGACCUGGGGAGCGUGCAGAUUCUGACAGGACUGUCGCCGGCGUUGGAGGUGUUGCCGCAGUCGUGGAUAUGUGGAUACGCAUUUCCCUCAUGUUAAAGCACUUUGUCCUACGGCAAUAGCAGCUUGCACGUGGAUGCCGCCUUUCAGCAGACCCUCUGGAGCCUGGCCCCCAUCAGCUCAGGAAGUGAAGCAGCCCAAGGGUAUCUCAUCGGCAGUGACGUCCUCAGGUUGCUUCAUGGACACAUGGACGAGUGCCUCACUGUCCCCUCAGGAGAACAUGGCGAAGAGCAGCGGAGAAGUGUUCACUACGAAGUUGGUGCUGUAUCUGUUCACGCACGUUCCCUGUGGAGGCUGGAGACACUGAGGGUUGCGAACUUGUGUCCCUGAGGCCUGGUAAAGCUGCAGAGCUGGUUGCUACUCACUUUUCUAAACAGAUUGAAACAGUCCUUAAAAAACUUCAGAGAAGAUGUCGUUGUAAAUCAAGAAUUGCUGCAAACGUCUCCGUGUGUCGCAGAGCAGUUCACUGAGCUGUUGUGUCCGUUCAGCCCCAACCGGGUUAUAGAGAUGCUGCCAGGCCUGGAGUGCUGCCACCUGGAAGAAAGCAUUCAGAUUACUCAGAAGUAUCAGCUUCAAGAAGUCACUGCCUAACUAUUUGAAAAGAAAGGAGAUAUUCAUGGUGCCUUUUUCAAUGCUAGAGAUAUUGGUGGAUGAGAGAGAUGAAGUGUUCCUUUCACCUCCUAGAGACUGCAAAGCAAGCUUCCAGAGAGAACACAUCAAGAUGAACAUUACUACAAGAUACUGAAUAUAGCUCCCUGUGCUCUACAGAAGAAUCUUGAUUACCCGGAAGUAUCAUUUUCUUGAAGUCACUGCCUUUCUAUUAGAAAAGAAAGGAGAUGUUCAUGGUGCCUUCUUAACCAGGAGGCCACCCAUGCCCAGCUCCUGCUGUGCCUAGAAGACCUGUCAGGAAGGACGCCAGGAGGGGACUGCAGAACAGUGACCGACCUUGGGUCACUGCUGGGCCCAGGCAACAAGAAGCAACGAGUCCCUGUGGGCAGGAGGCCAGCAUGUGCACGGACAGCAGAGCAGAGGAGAGAGAGGGCUAGACGAGGAGAGGCAGGCCCAGGAGAGGGCAGGCCCAGGAGAGAGGGCAGGCCAUGUGAGGGGAGGCCAGGGAGAUAGUGGGCAGGACCAGGAGAGGGAAGGACCAGAAGAGGGCAGGCCCAGGGGUGGGCAAACCCGAGGGCAGACCCAGGUGAGGGCAGGCCCAGGUGAGGGCAGGUACAGGAGAGGGCAGGACAGGUGAGGGCCGGCCCAGGAGAAGUCCUAUUAGACUUCCAAGAGAUGACGUUGAGAGGCAAUGGGUAUUUGAGUCUGGAAUACAGGAGGGAGGUCUAGAUUGGAAAUAGCAGUUUGGAAGUUGUCAACUUCUAGAGAAUACAUAAAGCCCUAAGGCUGAUGGGGGCAGCAGCAGAAAGUAUUAGAGGCCAGAAGACAGCCUCAGUGGUGCUGUGUGCCAGCAUUCAGGGGCUGGGACUGAGAAGACCGGCCAGGGCUGUGGGAGGAAACCAGAGCAGCCUGAGGCCUGGGAAGCCCCGUGAGGAAAGGGCUUGAGGAAGUCGGGGAGAGCAGCGGUGGGAAGUGUGGCUGCCGGGCCGUGCAAGGAGAGGACAGAGUUCCCCGUGGAGUCAGCACCUGGUGGGUGGUGGGUGACCCUGUCAUGAGCAGUUGCAGUCAGUGGACAUGCUUGCUUGGAUGGAAAAUGAGAGGAAUCAGAGGAAGCGAAUGGGAACAGCUCCUUUGCAGGGGCAGGAGGCGUGUGUGCCGGAGAGCAGAGAGAUGGGGCCACAGCUGGAGGGUGAACGCAUCUUUUUUUUUAAGAUGAGGGAAAUAACAGUGUAUGCUAAUAGAAAAGAUAGGUUAAAAGGGUAAAUUAGUAACACCACAUUCACUUAGGUCAGGGGAGUUGCAGGUGAGGGCAGGUAUGGGCACAGAAAUGCCGAGAGAGUCAGCUUCAAAACACUUGCCAGGUCCAGUCCACUCAAGACCAGCUCCCAGGAGGGUCAGCCACUUAGGAACUCUACCGCCCCCUGCAGUUUUGAUCCUGGCAGGGCCAGAAACCAUAAUUAGCCAGCUGAGGGAGGAAGGAUGGAGUUAGGCAGGAAGAAGAGGCCUGCCCUGCCUUCCACUCCUCCUGCCAGUGGUCAGCCAGCAGCAUGGCCUUGCUGAGUAACUGAUGUGGUGUUUUCAUAGUUAUGUGGUUAAAAAGUUCUCAAAUGUUAUACCAAGCUCCCAAAUAAGCCUUGGAUUGAUUCAAGAUUUAAUUGGUGGAAAUAAAGCAAAAAAUAAAAUAAAGAGAAGAAAGCGUGUAAACAUAAGGCUGAGCCACAGAGCAGGGUCAGCAGGCGUGCGGAAACAUGUUUUCAUUUCAUCGAGAGCGUGUGUUGGUUUCUCAAGUUUGUACUUAAUGAUACAUAUUGCCACAAUCUCUGAAACCAUGAAAACAGCUUUCUGCUGUUUGCAUCUGCUAAGUUCCCUGGAGACUGGCUGGGGCCCAGAGGGAUGGGGAAAGGAAUAAACUGAGGGAUAAGGAGAUAGAGAUUUUUGGUGGGGAGCUCUCUGGGGGACUAGGCCUUCAGCAUCCUUUGGUUCCACCCCACUCUAACCACAGUUGCAUACAAACAUGACUUUCUCAGGGGCAAGCCUCACUUUUGGAAAUGUCCCAAAACACUCCGCCACCUAGCACCAACAUUUGAAAGGAAUCCAAAAUGGCCCACAAGCAAUUGGAGAGAUUUGAAAUGCAUUAGGCUCCCACGUGCGCACCGGGCCUCUGGGCCUCUGUGCGCACUCACAGGGACGCUGGCUCUGGAGGGACAGUUGAGGGACAGUUGAGGGUCAGUGCUGUUGCUAGGCUACGACUGUUCCGGACGAAACAUUCCGAGCCGCUGAGCUUCGCAGCCAAGGUGUGGAAGCGAGACCUCUGUGGCUCUUCUGUAGCGCCAGCGCUGAGAUCGGGAGGCGGCAAGAGGCCAGGAGGGAAGUGAGCGGUGUCGGAAGGCGAUAAGCCAAAUGAAGAAGAGACUCGCUAAGUUUGUGAGCUGGGUGGGCUUCAGCGCCCGUCAGAGAGAGCGCAGGGAUCAUGAGCACCCCGUGCCUAGGUAUCCCAUCCGUAAGCACGAACUAAAGAAGUUCCACAAAGCCGCAUAUCUUGGCGAUCUGGACACAGUGGAGGUGUUGCUGUUACGUAAGAAGAAUUUCGUGCACAGCAGAGACAGGAACAACAGGACUGCCCUACACUUAGCCUGCACCAGCGGCCAGUCACCAGUGGUGACUCUCCUUAUAGGGUGGCGUUGUGAUCUGAAUGCUCGUGACAAGGAAGGCAAGACAGCUCUCAUCAAGGCUGUACAAUGCCGGAAAGAAGCGUGUGUCAGUAUCCUGCUGGAACAGGGUGCUGACACAAAUCUUGCGGACGACUUUCAAAACACUGCUCUGCAUUACGCCGUCUUGGCUGGAAAUACAUCAGUUGCAGCAGAGCUGCUCCGCUAUGAUGCAAAUAUCGAGGCGAUAAACGAGUAUAACAUGACACCAUUUUUACUCGCCGUCAGGAAAAACAAAGAAGAAAUGGUCAAAUUUUUGAUGGAGAACGGGGCAAAUGUACAUGCAGUUGACAAGCUGCAAAGAUCAGCACUCAUACUUGCUGUGUAUCAUGACUCACCGGACAUAGUCAAGCUGCUUCUUGAGAAACGUGUUAAUGCCGAUUCGCUAGAUUCACACGGACGGACUGCUGAAGAAUAUGCUUAUUGUAAUGGUUUUGAACACCUUUACCAACUGAUUGUCGACUACAGAGCCGGAAAGAUACCGAAUACUUCCCCUCAAAAUAGCGACCUAGGACAGAGUUCUGCUAAGGAGAGUUUACCUUCUUCUCAUCCUGGGGCAGAAAAUAUCCAAGAAAAGUUGCAAUUGUCCAGCAAGGACAACGAAGAAGAAGUGUUUGUCGAGUUGGGAACCAGCAAUGGCAGCUGCAUGGAUUCAGUGAAGAAUGUUGAGCAGAAGAAGAUUUCAGUGACUAAGGUUGCACCGAGGUUUGAAGACAUCUCUGUAAGCAGUAUUUCACCCAAACAUGAUAUUGAUGAUUCACGGCCUCCAUCAGAUGGUAACUUAGAUCUUGCUCCCAAGAAAGUCCGGCAUCCAAGAUUCGCAAAGCUAAUUCAGGCCUGGGAAGAACCCAUGAUAAACACAGAGGCAAAAGAUGGUGUUUUGAAACCAGGAACUAGCACCUUCUUUGAGGACAAUAAUUCUAAUAAUGAAAAUGAAGAUGCGGUUAGAACCUUUUCCCAACCAUCAAGUGAAGUUUCAGGCUUUUCUCAUCCUGCCUUCCCAGCACCGGCACCUCUCACAUCUUCAGCAGUCCUUGGUGUUACAGAGGAAGAAACAACAAAGCCGAAAACUGGGGGAAAAGAGAAUGGCACUCGGACUAUCAACAGUGUUGUAAAGGAGCAAGCAGAUCAUAGCAAAUUGAUUUCUGUUGAUGGAGUACACAAAAGUGACAGAGGUGGCGCAACUUCAGCUUUAGGAUUAGAAGAAAAGGAAGAUGUCAAAUCACCCUUGGAUUCUGAGAGUAUCUCCGAGAUUCAACUUCUGAACUGUGUUGAUAAUUUAUCUGGAGCUGCAGGUCGAGGAGAAAAAAAUACAUUAAAUGGACAAAUAGAAAAUUCUACUGAAAAAUAUCCUCACUUGAAGCCUGCAGUUGGAGUGAAAGAUUCUUUUCCUAAUAAAACAGGAGAAAUGAAGAAUUUACAAACAUUCAAAUCAGGUUCUUCAGACUGGGAUUCUACUAGUCUGAGCCUCAAUAAUAAGGCUGGUCAAAGAGCCGAGCAUUUGAAAGUUGACAAAUGUCCGUUGGUAUCACAAUCAGUGACCACAAACCAGUCAGCACCCACAGAACUGAGGCAGACGGCCCUGGUAGAUAAAGACCGGGUGAAUAUUGGAGCCGUGUCUCUGUCAGAAAAUGCAGCGCUCCGUGGCCUGUGUGAGUCACAGCUGCCAGAGAAGAGAAGCAGCAAAGAAGCAGACCCAGACUUCCAAAGGGCAUCUGAGGAAGAGCAAGAAAGACUUGAUGGGAGUGAAAAUAACCUCUCACAGGAUAAAUGUGCUUCACAAGCACGUACUGUGAAAGAAAAGAAAUCUGAAGAUCAAAUCAACCAGAUUAAUCUUUCACUUGUGCAUCUGCAAAAAACGCCUAGAGAACCAGAAGUGAAUAAGGAAAAUGACAGAAAGGAUGUACCUGUAUCUUCAAAACAUUCUUGUGUGGAGAAGCAUGAGGACAUGUGGGUCAAACAAGGCAAAUUCGACUGGAAACAUAAUUCAGAAUUUAUCACAAAGAAGUCAAACCAGAAAAUGAGUAAAAUCCAUGAAAAAGGCAAAAUUACUUUUCAUCAUAAGGUAGUGCUGCUACCUGACAACUCUGAACUACAUGGUGACUUAAAGGAACUACCUUCCAACGUGACAGAUAAUACAUUUGAUUUUGAGGAAAAGGAUGCACCUGGAGCCUCUGUCUCUAUAGGAUUCCAGGCAGUCUCUGAACACAAAGAGCCCAGUCUUGAAAAUGUAUUUCCAUGUUAUUCCAAGUCUGAGUCAAGAAAGUAUGGUUGCCAGUCAUCUUCAAAACUUUAUUUAAAUGAAAAUAAGUUGGAUGAAAAUGAUAAGCCAUACAUUGAACACGUUUUUAACAAAACUGAGGAGAGUUUUCGUAAUGACAGAGAAAAUGAAGUAAGGAACCGAGUUCCAUUUACAGUGAAUGAAGACCAAGAAUUUGCUACAAAAAGAAAACCAAAAAGGAGCCAAAAUACUCACUGGAAAUCAGACAUUGGACGUGCACCUCAGGUUGAAGUAGAAGAGAACAGGAGCAAAAGUGGUGAACUGAAAGGAUCAGAAACCAUAUGUGAUGGCAGCUAUCAUGAAGGAUUAACUCAGCAGAGGAAGAGGGGAAAAACUGAUGACCAGCGGUUUCCUGCUCUGCAGAAAGGAGAUUCUGAUAGUAGCUGUCCUGGCUUGCACAUGAAGGGAGUAAAGAAUAAAAGUGGAAAACGGACAUUAAAAGCAUCUGUGACUUCACGUGUAUUUGCGAAGACUGCCUCGCUGGCUGGUGGUCUCCUACACAGGAAUGACAACAGCAGUUUAAGUGAAGGAGAUCAAGGUUGUGGCAGGUCUUCAAAGAAAAUGUCUACUAAAAAGGACAAGGUCACAGAGCAGGUGAAUUCUGUGGAUGACCUCGAUGACUUAACUCUGGCACCGGAAACAGCUUCUGAGGAUCACAAGUCGCUUUCCCCUAAUUGUAAGAGUACCCUGAGGCUAAUCGAACAACUUGGCCCGGAGAGUAAAGAUUCUGAUAGGUUAUUGAAAAUUCAGGAUCCAGUUCAUUCAUUCAGAUCAAUAGAACUGAAAGAAUCUGACUGUGCACUACUUACAGGAAAAAUUAAAGAAAUGGAAAAUAAGGUGAACUGGCUACAAGCAGAGCUGUUGAAAACAAGAGAAGCAAAAUCACAGUUAAAACUUCAAAAUGUGGAGUGGGAACGACAGCUCUGCAGCAUGAGAUUAACAUUAGAACAAGAAACAAAGAAGAAGAAAAAUGCUUAUAUAUUAUAUGAAAACACUAAGGAUGACUUAAAAAGAAAAGAGAAAGAAUGCAAUGAGCAAGUUUCCGCGAACCAAGAACUUGAAAGCACUGCCCGGGCACUAGAAUGCAAACGGAAGAGCAUAAGGAAUAAACCAAACCAGGUUUUAGAAGAGCAAAAUGAUGCUCAGAGACAACUUUCUCGAGAGCAGAAUGCCAGAGUAAUACAAGAUGAAAUCCUGGCCCAUCAUCUUUCCCAACAAAAGGAGGCAGAAAAGACUAACAAGAAAAUGAAUGCUGAGGACACAAAGGAUUUUGAGCUGUCUGACCCAGAAGAUAACAGCGAGGUGCUUCCUCAGCAACUUCCUGAAGCUGAACGUCAAUUCCGUGGCCAAGAAAUUGAGCUCCAUCCCAGGAGAGAUGCUCUUAGACCAACGACGUUGGUAUUUGAAUGUGUGCAUAGAGACCGAGGCCAAGCCCAGCGUUCAAACAAGGAAACUGAAUCCUUGUCUCAGAGCAAACAAGGGGAAGUCAACAGAUACGUUGGAAAGCAGGCAUUCUUGGAGGAGAGAGUAUGUGAACUAGAAAGCGAAAACGUGUUGCUUCGACAGCAACUGGAAGCUGCUCAAAGUGAGGCCAAAAGUAAAAAGACAAUACUUAAUAUCCCAGCGCCGUUUCUGGAUCACCUGGGAAAACUUGAAGCCAUGAGCAGACGAGUUCUGAUGCUGGAGGAAGGAAACAAGGAGUUAAUCGAUGAAUCCAGAUGUUUAAAGGACAGACUGUAUCAGUAUGUAACGGACAGAGCAGAAAUGGAAGCCUGUAUGAGACAGCUUCAGCAAGAGCUGACUGACACCCGAAAGAAAGUGUCCAUGUUGGAAGCUUCCCUGGAGGUGACAGCACAUUAUCACACUAACUCAGAAAAUGAGAAGCAGGAGUCAGAGAGGAAGUCACAUCAAGCUGCGAACCCAAAUGCUGAUCUUCCAGCAAAAGUGGAAUCUACAUCUUCAGUACUUCUCCAUCUGAGUGCAGAAACUCAACGUUUUCUAAAGGAGUUAUUUAUGAAAGAAUUGCAAAAGAAAUCUGACACACUGGAGGAGGAGAAAAAGCAGUUGGAAGAAGAAGUAGUGCACCUCAGGCAUCACCUAGAAAUGAACGCAGUGGAACACAGUCCAGUGGAGCAGUACAAACGGGAGACUGAGGAGCGAGCAAGACGGGAUGUAGUAGAAAAACUGAAAGAACUCAGUCAAGUCAUGCGGUACAAACAGGAGACUGAAAAGCAAGCAAGACAGGAUAUUGCAGAAAGAUUGGAAGAAAUCAGCCAGUUCUUACAGGCCCAAGCAGCAUCUCAAGAAGACUUGUUAAGAGAGUAUAAACGUGCUUCAGUAAGUCAAAUGGAACACAGAGUUAAAGGUCUGGAAACUGAACUGAAAAGUAAAACAUUUCAGUUUGAUUGUAAUGAAAAAGAAUUGGAAAAAUACAGGCAGCUGUACCUGGAAGAGCUAGAAAAUGGAAUGUCAUUGGCAAGCCAACUAAACUUGGCUAAUGAGAGGCUGGCAGCAGUGAGCACUGAGCUUCAGCUGGAGAAGCAGCACAAGAGUUCUCUCCUCGGCUCUGUUCCCGCACGGCCUGUUGACGGACCGCCUUCUGAUGAAAGUUCUAGUACUAGCGUAGAGACCGAAAGGAGUCUUACUCGAAGAAGGAACUUCAGGAAUUUUUCAGACCCUUCGACUAGCAUAAGCGAUCUGUUCAGGAUGCGGAAGAAGUUGGAGAAUAAUAUAGAUAGAGGAUUAAAAGAAGCUACUAUUGAACUUGAAUCUAAGUCCUACAGACUCUCUCGUAGGCUCGAUGGACGAGUCAAGUCCAAGUCCAGAUCUGGUUUCGAAAGCACGUGAAGAAUAUGUGGAAAUUCUGAAGAAAAGUAUCUGAUCUACAAGAUAAAUAGUAAACAUUUACCUGCUCUGAAAUAGUAAACAUUUACCUGCUCUGGGCUGUUUGCCUAACAUUUUAAUUAUUUCCUGCUAAGUAAGAUACUGACAAUGUUUAUUAAAGGGAAAUAUUCUUGUAUUAUAUAUGCAUGAUUAAAACUGAUGUAGUAUUUUAAA